AUGAUCCGGUCUUUCAUAUGGGGGAACACGAGGACCCCGCCUGUAGCACUCGACACGCUCUAUCGUCCUGUAAAGCAAGGAGGACUGGGACUCCUAGACAUUAGAAGCCGUAAUGAAGCCAUUGAAUUGGUUUGGGUAAAACGGUAUCUAACGCUCUCCGAUGCAAGGCCGACAUGGGCUUUCGCGAUGGACGUUCUGAUCAGCAAGUGUGCAACGAGGGACGCCAGCGCGAUUAGGCCAGAAGCCCAAAUCAAUACCUUCCUCCAAAGCUGGAGCCCCGCAACACACAGCCGAUCCCCUCUCCCACCUUACGCACAACGGAUGCUCCUAGUGGCAAAGAAGCACAAUGUUAGCUUUGCAGCGAUAAAGCUGGAUAGACGAACGAAAGAAAUGCUCCCUAUGUGGUACCAUCUGGGCGCCACGAAACGCCUGCGAACACUGAACAACACGCCGCGAAGUGACUGCCUCCGGCGAGUGCACCACGCCACACAAGUACACGAUCUAAUCAUGAUCACCGGGAGAGCGUGCUUUAUGCAGCUCCGCGAGACCCAAAAUGACCACACCCCGGAUACAUGUGGCUGCACCCCAUGUACCGAGGAUAAACUGGCAGGCUGCAAGAACCCCCUGAGAUGCUGCAGAGCAGCACAUGAAGUAUUGAAGCAAAUACGCCCCAAAUGGGACCCAGUACAGCGCUCGCCGACAGAUGGCCUCUCCCUGACGAGGAGGCGAAAGGAUAAAAACGGUCAGGCACUCGAAGACAGCGAGGAAGUCACCUUCGACCCGUCCCUGACCUGUAGGGGCCCCCUGGACGAAGCCUUUCGUGCUUUCGUGGACCCGAUGGUUCACGACCAGCCCCCCGCGAUCAGACGCAGACAAGGACGCAUCGUAGAGGAUGAAGCGACAACAGUCUAC